AUCUCUAGUACUAUGUCCCUUGAACAGAAAGAAAGAGAAAAGAUACAUAGGUAUUCUUUGAUACCGGUGAGAUGGAAAUAUUCUUGUUUUUAUUUAUAGAAAAGUUUUUAAUUGGAUUUGUUCUUAGAAAUAAUAAAAUAGGUGCAGAUUUCUUUGUACUCAUUUAGGUAUCCACUUAAAAUUUUUUAAGCCUGUAUUUUGAUUUGUACUUGGAAACAUUUAAAUUGAUACAGCACAGAGAGUAUAAUUUAAAAAUGUAUCCUUGUAGCAAUAUUAAUAUUUACUAAUUCACAUGAAGAUGAAAUAUCUACCGAGAAAAUCGAGUUGUUCACAAUAUUACUUAAAUCUAAUUUUUUAUUUAUUUUUUGACUGAAGACAUGUAUUUAGCUACAGGUUCUAAUUUAUUUGGACAAUGGCUUUUACUUGAACCUAUAAUUAGUCCAUUUCAACGCGUAACUGGAUUUAAUGCAAAGGAAAUACCUUUUGAUAUUACUUCAGUUGAUUUGGUAAAAGUUAAUUGGUCUUAUAAUAUUUUUAAAACUGAUAAAACAAUCUGCAUAUCAGGGGCUUGGUAUGGUAAAGAAAACCAGUAUAUUAGUGUUCUGUUACCUAAAGAGUGUGAUGAUUCAAAAUUUAAAAACCUUAUUGUUACCGGGAAUGAUUACAAGCUGAUCUUAAUUGAUGGGACAAGUUUAACAUUAUGGGUGAUUGAUUUAGAGAAUGAAAGUGAUGUUAAGAAAUUAAAAUUCAAUGAAACACCAUUGGAAAGUAGUCCAAAAAAGGCUAGAAAAGGCUACAAUAUCAAGAAAGUUUUAACAACAAAUGACCAAUUUAUUUGUUUAACUGAAGAUGGUCUUGUAUAUUGUGGAUUUCCUCCAAGUUUAUUAGACACUAGUCAUUAUAUGGGAGUCGUAUGUGAUAUACAAUGUGGUUAUGAACAUUUCAUGCUGCUCACUGAUACUGGUAGAGUGUAUACUUGGGGCAAUGGAAGAAGGUUGCAGUUAGGCCAUGGGGAUUUGGAGAAUUUGGAUUUACCGACUGAAGUAGAAGCAUUAGCUGGAAUUAAGAUAGUUAAAAUUUCUGCUGGUGGUUGGCAUUCAUUAGCUCUCAGUGAAUAUGGAGACCUCUAUGCAUGGGGCUGGAAUGAUACUGGCCAGUUAGGCAUAAAACAUGAUGUAAAGGAGAAAAAAAGUUUACAACCAGAAAAUUUUAAAAACUAUGCUUUGCCAAUAGUCAUAGAUAUUUAUGAUGAUAAAAAUCAACAGGUCAAUUUAAAUGUUACAAAUAUGGCAUGUGGUUCUAGACAUACAGCACUGCUACUUGAAGAUAAUACGGUGUGGACCACAGGAAAUAAUAAAUAUGGACAGUUAGGUUUUCCUACAGACAUUUAUGAAAAUCUUUAUCAUUUUAAAAAAUCCUAUCAGUGUGACUGUAAUGUAGAUCUGAUGUGUGGUCCGUGGACCACAGUGCUAAAAUGUAAAUAGUGUAUUUUAUGAAAUACUCUAAAAUUUUUUUCUACCAAGAUAUUGAUUUGUGAAUUUUAGAAAGGUACUUACUAAAGUAUUGUAGAAUAUGUUAUAUUACAUAUUAUUUGUUUUAAAAUGUCAUUUUUAAGUUAAAUAAACCUUGUUUAAAUAGUGGGGCCGAUUCUAAAGUGCUAUUUCUAUAAAUUUAUCUCUUCGUCUAAUAUUUUAAUAUAAUAAUGUUGACUUUGGUCUGUUAGAAAUUUAAUUCAUAUUAGUCCUUGCAAUAAAGAUUUUGCUGUGAUAUUAAAUUAAUUUUAAAGAUAUGUUUAGAGAAGUGAUACCUCAGAUUCAAGGUCAAUAUUGCAAUAUAUAUGUAUUGAAAUGUAGAUAAAUAAAUAAAUAUUUUAUAUUUAUAAUUAAA